CAAUUAAAAAUGGCGGCCUCCUUUAGUUAAGUACGAAUUGGGUAAAUUAGGAAUUAAAUACGAAAUGUUUAGUAUGUUCUGUAAUUCUGAAUGUCGUGUAAAUUAAUUUCAAGUUUGAUUUAAAAAGUUAGCAUCCAUAAUGGCUUUGAGAUGUGUGCCUGCGACAUUACGAUUAUUGAGUUGGCGAUGGAGCGUGGUUUCGUCUAACUCGGUUUAUAAACACGGGCGAUUGUUGCUUCCUUCUCUCACUGAUGAAGCAUGUUUGACACAUCUCGAAAAACAGCUGUAUUUUAUUCAGAAACGCUACGCCAAAAAAGCUAUAGUGAAAGAACAAAAAGGUAAAAAAUUAAAGCCAAAAAUUGAACUUACUGAAGAGGAAAUGAUGCAAGUUAUUGAUGUGACUCUUCUUCAAAGUCAAUUACAAAAUGUUAUAAACAAAUUAAAACAACAGUAUACAGAACAUCUUUCACUUCAUACUGGAACAGGUUCAAUUGAAAACAUUAUAGUUAAAAUAAAUGAUGAAGAAUAUCCAUUAAAUCAGAUAGCUCAGAUUUCUCGUAAGGGAUUGCAUUUGGUGGUUCUUAAUUUGACAAGUUUUCCAGAGGGAUUAAAACCUACACUUCAGGCUAUUCAGGAGUCAGGAAUGAAUCUUAGUCCUCAGCAAGAUGGAACAGUUAUUUUUGUCCCUUUACCAAAGAUAACGAGAGAACACAGGGAAAAUCUUGCAAAGAAUGCUAAAGUAUUAUUGAAUCAAGCAAAAGACGAAUUGAAAGCAAUCCACAAUAAAUUCAUUAAAGAAGCUAAAAAACAAACUGACCUUUCUGAAGAUCUUGUCUUUAAUUGUCAACAACAGAUUAAAUUAAUGAUACAAAAUACUGUGGAAGAAGGAGAGAAAAUAAUGAUAAGUAAACAAAAAGAAUUACUCGCAGAAAAAUAGUAGUAGUGAGAAAAGUGUAUAAAAUAUGUAAAAUAAAAACUUAUUUUAGCA